AUGCUAAAUUGUUGCAGUGGUAGUGUAGGACGAGUUUCGUUAUCAAACAAGAAAGUGAUUCCAGUUAUCGAUAAAUAUGUUCUGCUCCUUCCUUUCUUUUUAAUAUUGAUACAAUUGAACACCAAACAAGUUGAAGCGUUACGUUGUUAUGCAUGUGGUUUAACGCAAAGCUCCGGAGAUGUUCGAUGCGUUACAGAACCACAAAGUGUCGAGGGACAAAGUGUCGUUACUUGCUCCCGGAAAUACUGCACCAUCACCAGGCAAGAGUUGGUGGAUCCACCCGGAAAGUUAGUUACCUUCUUGAGAGGAUGUGAAGAGAAUCCCUUGUAUCUCGACGAAGUCAUCGAAGAUCCCACCUUCAUCACCUACUACCGAUCGUGCACUACGGAUUUGUGCAAUGAUGGAGAUGCCUUAGGCUCAUCGGGUUCCGCCCUGACCGGCUUGAAUGAGGGAGCGUCGGAUAAUCUACUCGUGCCGGGUUUGCCCGGCAGUGGUGCUGGCACGAUGGCGAUAGCAUCUCCAUUACUACUGAUCAUUAAAAUCACAUCACAGUUGCUUUCGACGGCACGCAACUUCGCGUAGAUGUCCUUUUUUACCUCUAGAACAGAUAAUAUAAUGUCUCAAAAAUGGUAUCAAAAGAAGUAAA